AAACACAUAAGUGAAAGAAGCUAAAGAAAACUCAAAUGGAGAAAUCAAGAAUGCCAAGAAACGUUUACGAACCUUUGAAGACAUAUUUUCUCAAGGUUAACAUAAACUGCCAAGGAUGCAAAAGGAAAGUGAAGAAAACACUUCGAAAAGUUGAAGGUGUUUACUCUGUUGAUAUAGACACAGAUCAACAGGCAGUGAUCGUUAGAGGGAACUUAGAUCCAGAGGUUUUGGUCAAGAAGUUGAACAGAAGAGGAAAGCAUGCAGAGCUUCUGUUCUUGAGCCUUAACCAUAAGGACCAUUUUGGUAAUCAUCAAGCUAGCCUUAACCAUGACAACAGAAGCUUGAGGAACACACAUUACAAUCACUUGAAGAAUGUCCCAAGUAAUGAAAGACAGAGUCAUAAUCAUUCGAGUGAGGAAGAGAUGAUGAUGAUGAUGAUGGCGAACAACAUGAAACCUGUGAUGACGAACGAUGCGGAUUACUUUCAGAUGAACGAUUCAUCUGAAGAUUUCCAAGAGCUGCUUGGUGAGAUACCGCGAAGACACAACUAUGAAGAAGAGGUGAAUCCAAAUCUGAUGAGGGACAUGAAGCUUGGAUAUUCUAAUGCAUACCCUGCAGCAGAAGCAAUGAACAUGAUGCAGAUGGGAGGAAGAAGAUCUGAUAAUAUGAUGAUGAAUGAGAGAGCUUUCCACGGUCAGAUGAUGAAUGGUCCAUCUCCAGUUCCUCAGUUUAUGAAUCAUGAACAGUUCAGCUCAAGACAACUUAAUGGCUUUUACUACUGAUCAUUGAAGAAAACUAGUUUAACUAGAUAUGUUCUGUUUCACUGCUUGGGUGUGUUUCAAGUAUGAUAGUAUAGUCUCUUUCUUUGUUUCAGUGUUGGUUUAGUUAAGCAUACUCAUGUAGCAACAAUCUCAGAGCUAAAUCAUCAGCAGAUUCCUCUAAUAUUAA